GGCGGCCCUGCCCUGGGGCACCGUCGCGCUCCAAGCUCAGGGACUGGCCAGGAAGCGCCGGCGACUGCUCUCGGCAACCCUGACGCGCUGCUGGUGGCUGGGAGAAGUUAGUCACCCCGCGACCGAACCGAGCUAGCGGUCGGAGCUCGAAUAGGCUAGGGAAUGAGGAGGCAGGAAACCCAGUACCCCCGGACCGCUGGAAGGAAGCGAAGGAGCGCGGGGGCGAGGGGUCGCUUGGGAAGCUGAGAGCCCCGGCUGGUGGAUGGUGUGGUACCGUCUGCAAAGCCGGAGCGCACCGGAAUGCAAAGGGGAAAAACUUGCGGCAGAAACUUCCUACCCAAAGCAAGAAAGGCAAGCAAGCAAGAGGCAGGGAGAGACUUGAAAUGUCUCCAUAACUUUAAAAACACCCCAAAACAUCCCUCCAGAAGAUGAGGAUGGCAUGCCGCUAUAAAUUCAUUGUUCCACCUCCUCGCAUCUUCACAGCGCUCGCGCUGCUCUCCGCGCUCUCCACGGCCGACUGGGGAUGACGGCGGGCAGGAAGACACCACAGCCAAGGGGACUCGGACGCGCUGCUUCACCGGCUCUCCUCAGUCUGCCCCCCACAUUUUUGUUUUGAUUUUUAUGGCUUUUUUCUGUCUCUUUCUUCCCUUCCUCCCGGUUUCAGCAGAGCCGAGGAAACCCACAAAAUAAGAAAGGAAGUGGCCCCGAAGCUUGGAAACUCCGCAGCCAGCCGGUCCGGAGCAGCCAGGGGGCGGGAGGGGGUGCGCACCAGUUGCCCGCCUGGUGCGCGAUACCUUUUUUACUUUUCUUGGUGCAACGACCUUGGCUACAUUUGGGUUUUCCUCCCUUCCCCGUAUUGGCUGAAUCUCCACUACCUAGCUUUUUUAUUUUUAUUUUUUAUUUUUUUCCUUUCUUUUUCUUUACUCCCCUCUUUCUGGAGCACAAAUCCAAACAUUUUCCAAACCAACAAAGAAAAGUUAGCACGCUGGCACCUUGGCCCGGACAGGCUGACGCUGCUUCUGGUCCCCCUCCCUCCGACACUUGACUCAACCUUGCAAGCAAGUGUGUGUGUGUGUGUGUGUCCCCAUCCCCCCGCCCCGGUAACUUCCCUGGCGAAUAACAAAUACCCAUAAAGUCCCCGUCGCGCAGCCCCUCCCCGCGGGCAGCGCACUAUGCGGCUCGGGUGGGCGUCCCUGCUGCUGUGCGCGUUCCGCCUGUCCCUGGCUGCGGCCAGCCGGGCUGAGGCACCUGCCCAGGAUAAAGCCCAGCAGUCUCCGGUUGCUGCAGCGGCAGCCCAGCCCCGCGAGCGGCAGGGGGAGGAGGCGCUGGAGCGGGUCGAGCCUCUGGGCCAUCCAUACCCCCUGGCGCUGCAGCGCAGGAGCAGCGGGCUUGUGCAGAACAUCGACCAACUCUACUCCGGCGGCGGAAAGGUGGGCUACCUCAUCUACGCGGGCGGCCGAAGAUUUCUCCUGGACUUGGAGAGGGAUGGUUCGGUGGGCACUUCUGGCUUCGUGCCCAUAGGAGGCGGGCUAAGCGCACCUCGGCGCCACCGGAGCCACUGCUUUUACAGGGGCACCGUGGACGGCAGUCCUCGCUCCCUGGCUGUUUUUGAUCUGUGUGGGGGUCUUGAGGGCUUCUUCGCGGUCAAGCACGCGCGCUACACCUUAAAGCCUCUACUGCGGGGGCCAUGGCCUGAGGGAGAAACCGGGCGCGUGUACGGGGAUGGGUCAGCACGGGUCCUGCAUGUCUACACCCGUGAAGGUUUCAGCUUCGAAGCCCUGCCGCCACGCGCCAGCUGUGAGACCCCCGCGUCCCGGCCGGGCGUCCACCAGCGCCUCCAGCUUCAUAGUAGUCCAGACCGACAUACUGCCCUGGCCUCGAAGCUCAGGGAUCAGUCCGCUCUCUUGCCUAUGGGGGACCCAGGACCUCAGACCUGGUGGCGACGUAGGCGCCGCUCCAUCUCCCGGGCCCGCCAGGUGGAGCUGCUCCUGGUGGCGGAUGCGUCUAUGGCGCGGAUGUAUGGCCGGGGCCUGCAGCAUUACCUGCUGACCCUGGCCUCAAUUGCCAACAGACUGUACAGCCAUGCCAGCAUCGAGAACCACAUCCGCCUGGUCGUGGUGAAGGUGGUGGUGCUGGGAGACAAGGACAAGAGCUUGGAAGUGAGCAAGAACGCAGCCACCACACUCAAGAACUUUUGCAAAUGGCAGCACCAGCACAACCAGCUGGAAGAUGACCACGAGGAGCACUAUGAUGCGGCCAUCCUGUUCACCAGGGAGGAUUUAUGUGGGCAUCAUUCAUGUGACACCCUGGGAAUGGCAGACGUGGGGACCAUAUGUUCUCCGGAGCGCAGCUGCGCUGUGAUUGAAGACGACGGCCUCCACGCAGCUUUCACCGUGGCUCACGAAAUUGGACAUCUACUUGGCCUCUCCCAUGACGAUUCCAAAUUCUGUGAAGAGAACUUUGGUUCCACAGAAGAUAAGCGCUUAAUGUCUUCCAUCCUAACCAGCAUUGAUGCAUCCAAGCCCUGGUCCAAAUGUACCUCAGCCACCAUCACAGAAUUCCUGGAUGACGGCCAUGGUAUGUAUUCUUCAGGACAACAGAGGCUCAAGGGAAGAAAGCUGGGAUUCUUAGGAACUUUACUUUCUUGCUUUCCCAUAAUGUUCAUUUUGGUUAAAAAAAAAAGAAAAAGAAAAAGAAAGAAAAGUUUCUCUUUUUUAUUUCAGACAUCAAGCCAUGGCAACUGGGGGUCCUGGGGACCCUGGGGCCAGUGUUCUCGCUCAUGUGGGGGAGGAGUACAGUUUGCCUAUCGCCACUGCAAUAAUCCUGCACCCAGAAACAGUGGUCGCUACUGCACAGGGAAGAGAGCCAUCUACCGCUCCUGCAGUGUGACGCCCUGCCCACCUAAUGGUAAAUCUUUUCGUCAUGAGCAAUGUGAGGCCAAAAACGGCUAUCAGUCUGAUGCAAAAGGAGUCAAAACAUUUGUAGAAUGGGUUCCCAAAUAUGCAGGCGUCCUGCCAGCAGACGUGUGCAAACUGACCUGCAGAGCCAAGGGCACUGGCUACUACGUGGUGUUUUCUCCAAAGGUGACCGAUGGGACUGAGUGCAGGCCCUACAGCAAUUCCGUCUGCGUGCGCGGGAAGUGUGUGCGCACGGGCUGCGAUGGCAUCAUUGGCUCAAAACUGCAGUAUGACAAGUGCGGGGUGUGUGGAGGAGACAACUCCAGUUGUACAAAGGUUAUUGGGACCUUCAAUAAGAAAAGUAAGGGCUACACUGACGUUGUGCGGAUCCCUGAAGGGGCAACCCACAUAAAAGUCCGACAAUUCAAAGCCAAAGACCAGACUAGAUUCACUGCCUACUUAGCCCUGAAGAAGAAAAAUGGCGAGUACCUAAUCAAUGGAAAGUACAUGAUCUCCACUUCCGAGACAAUCAUCGACAUCAAUGGAACAGUCAUGAACUACAGUGGUUGGAGCCAGAGGGAUGAUUUCUUGCAUGGUAUGGGCUACUCGGCCACAAAGGAGAUCCUAAUAGUGCAGAUUCUUGCAACAGACCCAACAAAAGCUUUAGACGUCCGCUAUAGUUUUUUUGUUCCCAAGAAGUCUACUCAAAAAGUGAACUCUGUCACUAGCCACGGCAGCAAUAAAGUGGGAUCACACCUUCCACAGCUGCAGUGGGUGACAGGCCCCUGGCUUGCCUGCUCUAGGACCUGUGACACGGGCUGGCACACCAGGACGGUGCAGUGCCAGGAUGGAAACCGGAAGUUAGCCAAGGGAUGUCUUCUCUCUCAGAGGCCUUCUGCAUUUAAGCAAUGUCUGCUGAAGAAAUGUUAGCCUGUGGUAUGCUCUUAGGCACAAAGACGACUGUAGGAUCCAUCACUGUGGUGAACAUGAGGUCUACCCCAACGCACAGAAAGUCAUGCUUCAAUGUCAUUGUCACCAGGAGUUGAAUUAUGGGCAGAAUCUGCUCUCUGUGACCAAAAGAAGAUAUGCACUGCUUCAUGUGACAAUGGUAACCUUGGAAUAUAGGAAAAUUUUUUUAGUUAUUGAACAUCCCCUGGACCUACAAGAAUGGAAAAUACACUGAUGAAUGUAGAAUCAGGGGACGUUUGAAGAUGGCAGAACAGUCUCCCCCGUGUCACCUACCUCUUACAGAAUGUCUUCAAAGACAUCGUAAUCAUUUUCACCCAUGAUGCACAGUAGCUUAUUUUUACUGUUUGUAAAUACCUUCUUCCUUGGUAUGUCACUUUAUAUCACUUGGUUCUAUUAAUAUAUAUAUACAUAUAUAAAUAUAUAUAUAUAUAUAUUUCUAUAAAAUAGUGUUUGACCAAAGUAGGUCUGCAGCUAUUUCAACUCUUUCCAGUUUCCAGAAAGAGCUGUGGAUGUUUUACUGGAAAUUAAGAACUUGCUGCUGUUUUAACAAGAUUUAGUAUGUUUUCUGAACACAGGAGAUGAAACAUAUUCAAAAAACAUUUUAACAGCAAGCAUCUCUUGAGCAAUUCUGAAAAGGAAAAGGAUCUCAUUGUAUCUAGUCAUUUAAAUACACACAUGGGUCCAUUUACUUAAAUCAUUGAAUGCCUGUAUUUUUUUCAGGCAGCCAGCCAAAUUUAAUAUAUGAUUAGGAUGUAGAAGUAGUGUGUGUGUGUGUGUGUGUGUGUGUGUGUGUGUGUGUGUGUGUAUGUGGUCAGCAUUCAGGAGUAUAAAAAUGAGUUUUCCUCGUGUUGGAAUUUAAAGGAUAAAAACACAUGUCAUCCAGUUUUCAAUUUAGAUUUUCACAACUUCUUUCUCUUUCUACGGCUCUCAUUUGAUAUAUCACAAUGUGUAAUGUACAUGCAGAAACCACAACCCACACCCUCAACACUGGUAUACCUCUUACCAGCAAGCCUUUAAAAUGUGUUUGUUUUUGCUUGUUUGUUUGUUUUAUUGAUGGGUUCCAAAACACCUGCCAUGUUUUGUACUUCUUGUCAACCUGGUUUAAUAGGAAUAUUAAAAAUCACUUGGAAAUUAGUCAUAUCUAGAAGAGAUCAUUAUCACUAAUGUGGUCAAUGCAAAAAAAAUAGUGUUUAACAUGAAUAAGGCUGUUUCCACACCAUAGGCAAUAAUUUCUUAAUAUUUUAAUAUAUUUCUACUUUACUAAAGAUUUUUCCCAACUGGAAAGUAUUUGGUUGUAUCAGUAAGUGUUUGAGUGACAAAAAUAUCAUGAUUUCCAGGAAGUUUGUUACUUUUAUUCCAUAGCCUGUGUAGGUAGGUUAUAAGUUUGAACAGAUAGACAUUGAAAAUAUUUUACAAUCAUGCAUAUAAAAGUCUUUUUUAAAUAAAUACUGUAAACUGCAUUCUCCCAUUUCAUAACUCAGAAAAUCAAAGGUAUUUAUUUCACUGGUAUUUCUUUCUUCUUUGUGAGUUAUCACAAAGUUAAUUAAUUGUUUUCUAUAAAAUUUUAUAAUAAUCGCACCAAAUGUGCCUAUUGUUAAAAGAUUUGCAUAUAAGAAUUUUAGGGAAUUGUUGUUGGAGUUUCAUUAAACUUUUGAGAGUUUAUUUUUAUUAUAAUAUUUUAUAACAUAAAAGAAUUACCCAGUUGUUCUGGCUUUAUCAUAUCUGUUUCAGUGCAUCAGGAAUAUGGAUGUCUCAUUCUUUGAAGUAUUGUCUUUGGAAAUUCCUUUUGUAAAACAGAUAAUGUUUUACAAAACAAAUGCCUAUUCAGAUUUUCACAGACUGAGAUUGCUUUAGAAAUAGUAGUUUUAUCUUAAGAAAUUAUCAUUUUAAAAAAAUGGAGUCUAAUAAGACUGAUAACAUACAUUUGAUGGUGAACACCAAAUACAAGGACAGGGACAAAAGCCAGUCAAAUAGGUAAGAAAAAAAUUUAAAAUCUCAUUAAUUCAAAGAUACUUUAUAGUUUUAAUAUUUUUCCUAAUUUAGAAAAUAAUUUUAAUCAACUAACUCAAAUAUCACAAGAUUCAUUUUUAUAUUUUGUGAUUCUACUUCCAACAACAUUAAAAAAACAAUUAAAGAGUACACAAGGCUGUCUCCUACUCUUCUUUACUGUAUUCAUAGAUUUUUAAUAGGAUUUAUCCAUGAUUCAUUCUUCCCCCAAAUAAUGAAGUUUUACACUUCUCUUUGAAAAAAUCUUAAUAGGGUUAAAACAAAUAAACCACUAUUACAUUUUUAUAAGGAGCUUCUUUAUCUUUUUUUUUUUUAAAAAAAAAUAAGUUUUAAUAGAUUGACUGAGGAAUGUAUGUCUAAACUCCUGAGAAACAUGAUACAGACUGGAACCUGAAAUUCAGAGGUGGAGUGUUCAGACUAAUGAACAAAGGAAAAAGUACUUUCCAACUCCAUCUAAUUCAGUCCAGUUUGAUAUUGUACUGUCUUACCUUUCCAUUGUUGCAUCUUGAAUUUUUUUUAAAAAGUAUAGGAUUCAGGAUGUUAAAAAAAGAAGAAAAUGUAUAGUUUUUUUGAAAAAUGCUCAGGUUUAUAAGAAUCUAAUCUCACUUAUAUCACUAAAUGCUUCAGCAUAAGUUUCAUUAGGUACAAAGGGAGCCCAGAAGAAAAUAACAUGUAUUUGUUAUAGAUCAUAAAAGAUCUAAUUAACCCCUGACUUUUUGUUUUGAAGUAUAAUAACAUUGGUAUAAUUUAUUUGACAAAUUCAACUCCCUUUGCCUUCCUGUGGAAACAGUUUUAUCCCAUAAAGUAAGAAUUAAGGGAUGAAUCACAAAUUACAAAAAAAAAAAAAGUUGCAGCACUGAAAAAUAAGUAAUUUAUUGUUUUUGCAACUGGUAUGUGAAUUUGUGUGAUAAAAUUAUUUAUUCUUAUUUAACAAAAGUAUGUGCAAAUUCUUCUAUAUUUAAAAUGUUUUGCUGUUGUCCUGCUUUUUAAUUUAUGCUUCUUGUUUGUGUAUAAAGUACACUUUGUGAGUUUACAUGAUAUACAGCACUGGUUGCUUUUGUAUUUUUUUUUUUACAGAAAGCUUUCUGCAUGAAAUAGACUCAUGUGUAUGUGUAUAUAUUCUUUCUACACCCUUACUUUGACACUAUCACUUUUCAUUGUAAGGAAAAUUUUAAUCUUUCAUGACUAGAGGUGUUCAUUACCUGUAGCUUUGUUCAUAAGUCUUUCAUAUCCCAUAACACUCUUUUUUCCAAGUCACAGACAUGAAAAAUGCUUACUCAAUCAAAUAAGGUGCAAGUUCCAAACUCGAAUACAUACAUAGCUGGGAGCUUCCCAUAGAAACUAUGACAACAAGAAGACAGACUCGUUCACAUCACUGAUGAACAUGGACGAGAAGUUAUUGGUGCAUGAUCUGAAAGUUGCGCAUGCACAUCUCUGAGAGACAUGAAAAAAUGAUAAUGAAACCAGAAAUCACCUUUUGAUGAUUUAUAUUUUUGGUGUUAGAGAUACUUCCCAAAAUCAAUAUGAGUUAAUAUCCAGUAUCUGUAGGAUUCCAUACAUGAGCACAAAUUGGAUUUGUGUGGUUUAGAUGCUGGUAGUCCUGUUUCUUCAAAUGGGGCUAUCCUUUGACUGAAUGUGUGUGACAUUUUGUGACUACCAUUCAGUCACAGAGCAUGGUGAUUGUACCUGGGAUAGGCAGACACCAUUGCUAAGACCAGCUUGUCCCUGACUGUGACUUCAGUCCGAUCCCAGGAAUGAGGCAAAACACCCUUCCACUCACUGACCAUUUCCAAGGUCAAUCUCUGGUUCUGAUGCUUCCCUGCAAACUCAUUCCUUGCAAAUAAGGUCUCUGUAACAGUGUAGGUGAGGGCAUCAGCUAGAUUCAGAAGUCUAUGACUUAGAGGUCACUAUUGUAAAAUAAGAUUGAAUUUAAUAAUAACUGGAUUUUACUAGGAGUCAGGUUGAAUGUGAAAUCUCAUUGCAUGAUGGGUAACAGUACUGAUUCCUUUAUAACUAAACUUGAGAUCAUACAAAUACCCUACAUUUUUAACAUUUCAAAGCACAAAAUAAAUGAAAUAACCCUGAGGACAGAAGUGGACAUCUAAAGCUAUAACAGAACCAAAUUCAAGGUGCUCUAUCACUUAGGUACUCCAAAAAGGAACUUGUAUGUUUUCUCUAUUAUUUGUUUUUUCAUUUGUCAGAAACAUAUAGAUUUGGAUCAAUUUAUAAAACUAAAAUUGUUCCUAAUAGCCCUCUGUUAGCAUGAAUUAUAGAAAGAACAUAUUGAAUUAUAUCACCAUGAAACACAUACUUUCUAUUCAAUUAAAUAUAGGAACAUAUUGAAACAUGAAACCACGCACUAGUCAACCAAAAAAAUGGGAAUACAGAUGGUGUUUGGAUCAGCAAAGAAUUUAAUCAAGCAAAUGUCUGGUGCCAUGGUAUGAUUUUAGUGCAGGUUUUGUGGGGAAAAUAAAGGAAUAUGUUGUUAAAUGUUGUUGGUUUUGUAAGAGAGUAAGACUUUAGCAUACACAAUAGUUGUCUCAGUUAAUUGCACCUUACCAAUAUACUAGCACUUUAGCAAUAGUUUUGCUGUCUCUAAUCCUUAUUCUGUGGCUCCAUUAACUACUUGUGAGCUGUGUAGGUCAAAUGAAAAGAUAAAUAAAAAUCCAUGUUCUAAGGCACUGCCACAUCAGCAACCCAUGGUACAACACUGUGAGGAAAAACUCAUUUAUAAAUAGAACAGGGAAUUGUGUUUUUUUUUUUUAAAUUUUUCUUUGGCACAUGGAAUGAAGAAUUUUAACUCUUUUUGAGGUGCUAACAUUUUCCCUAAUCAGCUAUCAAACGUGCUAUAUCGUUUUGAAAAAUUUUGAUUGGUGCAUUAUAAUUAUACACAGUGUAAUUCAUUGUUACAUAUACUUAUAUUCACACCACAGAAUCUGGUCAGUUUCAUUCCCUACAACCCUCUUUGUGCCUCUCUUCAUCAACCACCCUGUUCCUCUUCUUCUAUUCUCCUGGUUUCCUUUCUAUUUCUAAGUUAUUAUUCUUUCUAACAUGAGUCUAUAAUUUCCAAGAAAGGCCUCCAAGCUUUUUUGUCAAGUUUGAGCAUCAUUUAAUACUGAACACUCAAUAAAUAAGCACAUUCAAUGGUCAUUUUUUGACCAACCAUGGUCAAUAGCAUAGACCCUCUGUACCUCUGAGGAUGUUUAGAUUCAAAACUUGAAGAAUGUCAGGCCAGAUUCAUGAGUAGAUGAAUCAUGUUUUACACAUUCCAUACAAAUUUCCAUGUAUGUUUGGCCUAACAUUUUUGAAACUUCUCAAUAUUUUAUGACCACACUAAAUAUUUAAUGACCAUAUCUUAGCCUUUUAACAACUCAAAUCUACUAGAAGCAUUGCUACCUAAACUGAUGGUAUGUUUAAAAUAGAAGUUUAUACUCUGUGUAACUGUGUAAGGCUAAACUUUUGAUUAAGAAAUAUUGAAAUAGUAUGUGCAUUAUGCACUCAGGCAUGGCAUUAUUGGUGCAUCUCACUACAAUUAGCAGUUGACAAACUCUGCUUACAUUUUAUCAAUGAUUUAUCAGUCAGUGAAAAUCAUGCACAUGCUUUGUGAAUAGAAACUGCAGAUAACUAAGUAGAUUGCAUAAAUAUGUUACAUUUGAUGUAAGCAGUGGCACAGAUUUUUUAUUUCUGAAUUAGUGUCUGUGAGUAAAUUCAAGUAGUAAAUCUACGUAGGUUUCAUUUUGAAACAUACCUUCAUGGUAGACAAUAAUAAUGAAGAUUUACAUAACUAAAUAGUAAAUAUAAAAUGUAAGCUCUUAUUAUCCUCAGUAUUCCAGAAGGGAUGGUGUAUAAUGCAAUCAAAAGACCAAAAAUUGUGGAAAACUAAGACCAUCAUGUUUUAAAUGUCUCUUGAGCUUUGGUAAACUACAAAUUGGAAUCAAUACUCUAAGCAUUACUGUGUCUUGUAGCCUACAUUCCAUAAUUGCUCUGUUAUUCAGGUAAACCGCUUGAACUGAGCCUCCAGGGACUUAUUCUGUAAUAUUUUUCAUUGAGGAACAAUAUCCUACUUUGUAAAAUACUUCCCUGUGUGUGACUUAACAACUGUAAAAUUAAGCAUUGGUCUUGUGGUUUCAGUGGACAUAAUAAAUACAAAUUGUAAACUA